GCAGUAGCACUCUUCUCUCUGUCCUCGCGCUUGAGAGAACGAACGAAUAGAAGAGGCAAGCAGUCGUUAUACUCGGGUCUUUCGUGACAGGCUAACUUUUCGGAUAUGUUCGAUAUUACAUAUGUAAUUUUUGUUUGAACGAUAUAUAAUAAUAUAAAAUUAUUUAAUCGAUAAUUAAUUAUUUAUAAAAUUUCGUCAUGGUGAUAGAGAUCAAUCAUAAGAAGAAGUAUUAUCGUUCGGUUCGUUCAUUUGUAUAAUAAUAAAAACAAAAAAAGAAAAGGAAUAAAAAAGAAUUGCUAAUAAAAAUUUAAUGCUCUUAUCGUAUAAUUAAUAUUUGUAUAUUUGGUAAAGAGAACGACAGAGAGAGAGAGAGAGAGAGAGAGAGAGAGAGAGAGAGAGAGAGAGGGAAAAAGAAGAUAAUCUAUUUUUUAUGAAGAAUACAAAUAUCAAAAGUGAAAAAAAAUACGAUAAUCAAGAAGAGUUUACAUUAUUCGUUUGUUCAGAUCGAUCUAGUAAAACAUCCCAUUGGUAAACGUGAGGAUUUCAACCCUUAGAAAAAAAGUGAAAGAUAAAAGCAAGAGGGGAAAGUAAAUUUAAAAAGGGAAAGAGGAGGAGUGGAUAUAGCGUAUAUAAAAAGAGUAGGAUUUUCAUUUGGAAAGGUCGAGGUAAAUAUUGACACCUGCUGACACAGCUGGUCGGACUUUUGUGUCCAGGUAUAAAGUAAACGAAGGGUGGAAAAAAGGUGACAGUAUACGACGAGCCACGUGCCGAUCGAACAGGAUCAUUCGACCUCCCCCACCAGCUACGAUAACAACGUCAACCUUCGACCAACAACGAAUUUACGUCUACGAGUUUGAAUUAUUACUAUCUCGGAUCUGUGUUAUCAUGACGGUGUUUUGUCUAAUUAUUAUUAGUGAUUAUAAUAAGUGAAUCUUUCUUCUUUCGCCUUUUUUGUUUGUUUGUUUGUUUUUUUCUUUUGUUUGUUUUCUUCCUAGUUUCUUUCUUUUUUCUUUUUUUCUUUGAUCUCUUUGGUCUCAUUUCCAUUUCUUUCCCUUGUUUCUUCUUCCUUCGUUUUCUUUUUUCUUCUUUUUUCUUUUUUUUUUUUUGAUCUUUGUUCUUUUUUCAAAGAAGUCGGGAAAAUCGAUCUGCAAAAUUUCUAAACAUUUUUAUACACGGAUUCUAAUCGUCAUGAAGAUAAUACUGAUAACUAUGUUACUGGGUUGUAGCUUCGUAAAUCUAUGUACGUAUGUAUACGUAUGUAUACGUAUGUAUUUACAUGGUAACCAAUGUUUCUGCGACCUACUCGCUCUCAUAGCAGUCUGAUCAAUCGGAAGCACAAAAGUGAGUGGUGAACAAAUGGUUUGACAAAGUUACAAAGGAGCCCAGAAUUCUUAUUUUAUAAUUACAAUGGCGCCAAAAGAUCUUAUUGUCCUCUGAGUGAACAUAUUGGUAAUCAACCUGUUAACAGAAAGGAUACAUCUUUAAGAUUAAGACAAUUAAGAUCUGAAAUGGUCCGAGUUGCAUCGAUCGAAACAGCACCACUGCAUGGUUAUAUUGUAACGUCGGACGACGAACAUCAGAGCGAAACCGUCGAUCCACGAGAUAUGAGAAGAGAAUUUUUAACCGGAUUUUAUGGUAGCGCCGGAGACGCAGUUGUAACAUUAGCAAAAGCUGUUCUGUGGACAGAUGGAAGAUAUCAUCUGCAAGCAGAUUUAGAACUUGAUUGCAAUUGGAUACUCAUGAAAAGGGGACGAAAACCCAUCCCAACAAUAACCGAAUGGUUGCAACAUGAAUUUCAAAAUCGGCCAAACAUCCGAAUAGGUGCAGAUCCGAAGUUAGUACCUGCAGCUAUAUGGGAAGCUUGGGAAAGAGAUUUAGUAAAUACAUCCAUAAAUUUGGUGGCAGUCCGCAAAAAUUUGGUGGACUUGAUCUGGCAAGUGGGACGACCAAAUUACAAUUCUUACGCAGCAUACCCAUUGAAAAAUGAAUAUGCAGGGAAAUCAUGGCAAGAAAAAAUAAAAGAUAUAAGAUUGGAGAUGAGUCUUGUCGAGGCGGAUGCUCUUGUAGUUACAGCAUUAGAUGAAAUAGCUUGGCUCUUCAAUAUUCGAGGAUACGAUCUUCCUCAUACUCCUGUUCUUAGAUCUUACGUCAUCGUAACACAAGGAUCUCUUCAUCUUUACGCAUCCAAACAUAAACUUUUGCGAUCCGUCGAUACGCAUUUAAAAAUGGAUUCUUGCUUUCACGCGGAUUGCGUCAAAUGGCACAAUGAAACGUGUAUCUGGGAUGAUUUAAGGACAAUGUCUCAAGCAUGGAAGAAAAUUUGGCUACCAACACCAUGUGGAUAUGCUCAAGGAGCUUCAAAAGAAAUAUAUUCUUCCAUUCCAGCUGAGAAACGAUUACCAAAAGCAUCGCCUAUAAUUGAUUUAAGAGCGGUAAAAAAUGAAAUUGAAGCUGAAGGCAUGAGAAAAGCUCAUAUCAGAGAUGGCAUGGCCAUGUGUGAUUUUCUUGCUUACAUGGAAGAACAAAUAUCCUUAAAUUCUGAGGGAUGGGAUGAGAUGCAAGUGUCGAGAGUCGUAAAUGAGUUUCGUUUGGAACAAGAAUUUAACAAGGGUAUUUCAUUUGCAACGAUUGCUGCUUACGGUGCUCAUGCUGCGUUACCUCAUUACGAACCAAUUAAUUUAACAAAUAUACCUAUAGGGAAAACUUCGAUGUUGGUUGUUGAUUCAGGUGGACAGUACUUAGAUGGUACAACAGAUGUAACAAGAACAUUACAUUUUGGAGAACCUACUGAAGAACAAAAAAAGGCGUACACAAGAGUAUUAAUAGGAUCGAUACAAUUAUCUUCUUUAAUCUUUCCAGAUGAUUUGAUGACUGAUCAGAUUGAUGUAUUAGCAAGGAGACCUCUUUGGAGUACCGGUAAUGACUACAUGCAUGGUACUGGUCAUGGGAUUGGACACUUUUCAUCCGUUCAUGAAUCUCCGAUUAGUAUAUCAUAUACAGGUGGUAUGUCUGUUACAUUAAAGCCAGGAUUUUUUUUAUCCAAUGAACCAGGAUUUUACAAAAAGGGUGAUUUCGGUGUACGUUUAGAAAAUAUACUUGAAGUCGUGACUACCAACAUAUCGAAAACAACAGGACAAACUUUCUUAAAAUUUCGGGACGUCACUCUUGUACCAUAUGAACCUAAAUUGAUAGACUUUAAUAUGUUAACACCAAUGCACUGUCCUUUGAUCAGUGAUAUACAUACUUCUAAUGAUGUGCAGCGCCGGUGGUUAAAUAAUUACAAUCAACGAAUCAGAGAAGAGGUCGGCAGAGAAUUAAAAAAACAUUUAAGAAUGAAAGGCUUUUAUUGGAUGAUGGACAAGACAAAAGACAUUCCUGAAUGGGGUAAAGUCAACAAGGACAUUCUUCUCGCACGUUCUCAUUCCAAUUCUUCUACAUUCAAAGAGAUUCAUGUAUUAGUGACCAUUACGAUUAUCUACAAUAUUAUUUUAAAUUUUGCAACGAUUUAUAGUUAAUACAAAGGUUUAUUUGUUGUUCUACUUAAAAAAAAUCUUGAAUAUAUAUAAAAUUAUUAAAUAUAAUAUAAAACAAAUAAAAUAUACAUUCUAUAUUGGAUUAGAAAAACAGAUACUUUAAUUUGUAUCAAUAAUUGUAACAUAACGAUGUACACACAUGAUAGUACAAUGAUAAUAGAUAUGUUUAGAAAAAAAAAAAAAUGGAGACCUAUAUAUUGUGUGUUCCAUAUGUAAAGUACAAGUACAAUUGGACUGACUUUAAUAAGAAUUUUGAUCAGUCUAUAAAAAUUUAUGUGAUUAACUAAACUAUUUAUUGAAAGCUAUAUUUAAGUAUUAUUAUAAUUUUACUGUGAUACAUAAUUGCAAUAAAUAUAUGAAUAUAUAAAAUA